AUGGCGGGCGCGGGCGUGGGAGCUGUUCGAAGGGCGGGGCACACCCAAAUAGACAUGCGAGACAGCGAAAAGUGCGUGGGAAAAAGCGAGCUGGAGGCUGGCCAAAAGAUUCGAGUGCCGGAAACUAAUGGAUGUGAUGCAAUGUGCUUCUGGAUCGUAGCAGGGAUCUUGCUCCAGUUCCUGUUCCUUCGACGGAGCUUCUCGUUUCGAGUUGUAAGCCAGGAGAUUAAACACCCGCUAUUGAUCGAUCAGAUCAGCGUGAGAGUUGGCGAAUGGAGGGUAUCUUCAGGUUCGAGAUUUGGUUAUACUGGGGCAGAAAUGAAAUUGGCACAGAGGAAAGGAACAGGAUGGAUGGUCUUCGACGUCAGAUGCCUCUUGCAACAAUCUGGGCGUUCUACCCUUAGGCAUAGUGGUUUCAGCCUUGGCAUCUUCGCCUGCUUCUCGAAUUUGAGGUUGAGGACAGCCACAGGCAGACUUGCCACAGCCCCAGUUGCUAUUUUGAGAACCGUCCGUUUAUAUGGAAUACUGAAUCUUGGUACAGUAGCUUGGGACUAUAAGAACGGGAUAAAGCGAACCACGCUUGCAAGUUCGCAUGUUGAUAAAGCACGUCUAAAAAGACAGUAG